AUGAAGGGCCUCUGGCUGCCGACAUUAUGGGCUCUCCUUGUGCUGGUCCUGGGCUUUGGCCAAAGCCUGCCCUCGGCUGAGGUCAUUCACAGCAUGGGCAAACGUGGCGUGGCAGUAAGCAAACCGGCACCUGAUCCCGAACAACCAACGACCGUCUGGCGUGGUGAAAAGUUUCGGACUCCUCAGGAGGUUGAAGCCGCUGGCGGCAUGUUCUCUCGAGGCCUUGAAAAACAGCGAAGAGAGUGGCAGCAGCUUGAGCAUGCCAAGGGCAACAGAAUAGCAAACUCGCAAUAUGUGUCGACGGCUUCAGAUCCGGCCCUGGGGUUGCGGUUCGGUCGCGGUGGGGAUCAAAACGGCGAGUCAAACGGAUACCUCUAUCGCAUACACGCCGAUACAAAAGCCAUCGACGUGGAUGCGUCCCUUGGCGGUACAGCCCUACAAAGGCCAAACAGAGCAUGCAUUCAUAGGGGCAUCCCAUUCGACCAAAUCGAAGGCUGGUACGAAUUGAAGGGGAUCAAAGACACAGACGUACUCGAAACGAUUAAGCGAGGAGAGUCUCCGGGGCGUGUAGAAUUCAUUAAGAGCCCCAAGUUUAACGAAGAAAAGUAUCGCUAUCAGAAAGGAAGCGGAGCACGGCCUCAGAUCGCCGGGUUUCCUGAGACCUCUGACGCAUGGAAGGAAAAGCCGUGGAACCAAUACAAGGACCAGAAAGUGUUAGAUAAUCUGGGCAAUUUCUAUUGGAACAAGGUAUGUGGAGGCACAAGCUGCAACAAAGACUUCCAGCCUCUCGUUUCUCAGCCGCUGCCCCAACCAGAUGCAGGCAAAGAUGGGUCGUCGGGUCCAAAUGAGAAUGGGGAACCGCUGUGCAAGCGCAGCAAUGGAUGCAGAAAUGGUGCAGAACCGGCCAACAAGAACCAAGAGGCCAACAAGAACAACGGCGAAAAGACAACGGGACCCCCGGCCGACAACAAACCCCCAGCCAACAACAAACCGCAGCCGCAGCCCGAUAUAAACCAACAGGGGAAUACCGGAAAGCCCGGUCCCGAGCCAGAUUCCGAACCGGUCAAGAACCACAAACUCGAGAGACAGCGUCUACGCUGCCUCUUGAGGGUGGAGGAAGUCGAUGCCCGCAAGCAGGUUGUGGCCCGCUUCCAGCCUGCCUUGACCUUGGCCUGGGAGCUGGCGGAGACAGAUUCCUUAUUGGCUCGCGAGUUGGCCAAGUGUCGAGAAGCGUCCGGCCCACGGCAAGCUAUUUGGGAACGUGGAGACGAUUGCCACGGCCGUAUUGCGUCGCCCACUCCACUAGUAUCAUCGUUGAGCCAAGAUGGACAGGAGUACGAAGAGUGGAACGGCUUCUCCGACGCCGAGUGUGGGGAUUAUAGCGACGUUGAACCUAUUCCCAAUCCACAAAUCCCCGGUACUGCAGCUCCAUCGAUCGAGGCCCUUCACGCCGAGGUGAACGCAUUCGCAAAACGAACGGGUUUGGCGUUGUCAGGCGAAAUGGAACUGGGAGUCGAGCCAGAAAGACGCGAUACGUAUUGGAGUGCGAUCGGUACGGUCAGCCACGCCCGUCUGAGGGGACUGGGCUUCGCCAGAGGCGGUCACGCAAGUCCGGCUGCAAGUGGAAGGUGA